AUGGAGGUGUCUUUGGGCGAAGUAAUCUCCGAGCGGGAAGGAAAUAUCAACAGUAGUCUAGAAAUAGAGAAGAUAUCAGAACUUCUUGAUAACUUCUAUAAGAGCUUGCAGAACGAUGCGGAUUAUUUCUUGAUAUCACUGUACAUUCCGACAAUUGUUGUUGCUGUCACUGCUAAUUUAAUAGUUAUCACUGUUGUGGUUAAAUAUCAACAUAUGCGCAGCAUAACAAAUUAUUUCGUCGUAAAUCUGUCGAUAGCUGACCUUUUGGUGACACUUAUCUGCAUGCCUAUGUCCGUAAGCCAGGCUAUUUCGAUAAUAUGGAAUUACGGUGAAAUAAUGUGUAAGCUUUUCUACUAUCUCCAGGGCGUUGCUGUAGCAGCUUCUGUAUUUACGAUAACAGCCAUGAGUGUUGAUAGAUAUCUGGCUGUCAGAAGCCCAAUGGAUCUGCAUAGAAUGUUUAAUCGUAAAACCACUAUAAUGACUAUAAUAACACUUUGGUUUAUCGCGCUCACUAUAUUUGCUCCACUAUUAAAAGCGGUAUCACUUGAAAAUCUAGAUUUACAAUUAAACUUAACUCUUGUUGUGAUGGCGGCAGAGAAUGAAAGCCUGAAAAUCCUCGAACCACCUAGUCUUCUAGUUUGCUCGGAGGAUUUUAAACCCCUUGGGAUUCACGCACACGUUUUUGGAACCUUUUGCUUCGUACUAGUUUACGCAAUUCCCGGAUUUGUGGUGAUUCUGGCGUAUUCACUAAUGGGUCGGACUUUGUGUGCUAGAAAGCCGCCAUUCGAUUACGAUUGCAACGCUGGAAGUGCAAGCUCACAACAGGGUUUUAGAUUGAUGCGUGAGCGUAAGCGGGUAGCUUGGAUUUUACUGACUCUCGCCAUCCUCUUUGCACUUUGCUGGUUACCGUACAACGUCCUGCGGUUGCUUGUUGACCUCGACGUCGUAUAUCAAGACAGAGUGAUUCCGGUUUUACUUCCUUAUUGCCUGUAUCUUGGGCAUGCCAAUAGCGCACUCAACCCUGUGGUCUAUUGCUUCAUGACACGCAAUUUCCGCCAAAGCGUGAAGCAGAUUCUUUGUCGGCGGUUCGGAAAAUCUGAUAAAUCUAAACCCAAUCGAAAGAGUGCCAAAGGCGCAGGUAUAAUUUUGGGGUCAAGCAUAAAACAGCGGGGAAUGCGAAUUCAAAGAGCACCCCGGGAAGCUGGAAUUGUUGCAGAAGCUAAACCUGCAACCGUCAGAAACGUUCCAGAGCGUAAUGCAACCUCGAGCAGUGGCUAUGACAGCUCUAAUAAUCGCCACAGCCCGCAUCGACGCUGCUAUAAGUUGAAAAACUUGUCGACGGUAAAAAUUGUAGGACGAGCUUCUGCAACAAAUUGUCCUCCCGGGAAGUUGCUCACUAAACAAGAACAAUACUUUACAACAAGUUUGAAUGAUGUUGACUUCAGUAAUACAAAUAAAAUUAACCGAGAAGACCAAGGCCCUCGACGUAGUAGGAGCUUGCAAACUUUAUCAACUGUUACCAUUCAUCGGCAAAAUACACUCGAAAGUGCUGUUCAAGUUACUCAGUUUAUCAACAAUUUCUGA